UGCUACCUCGCUUUGCAUGGUCUCCACACACAGACGGGCCUGGCGGGGAAGGAGACGGGGAGGGAGUGAUGACAUGGGCCCCGCCACCGGUGUUGAUGAGGGUUCUUGUUCCUCCUUCUGCCCCUGCAGGUUAGCCAUGGCGCUGCUCCGGAUGUUUCUGCUGCUGGUGGCCUCUUGUGUCACCACGGUCCAGGGCUCACAAGAGAGGGACAUCAAGGAGGACAGGAUCAACACCUCCCAGCCCCUGUACAUCCCGGUGGAGAAGAACCUGAUGGUGCUGACACCGGCGGGUCUGACCCAGAUGCUGAAUGAGACCCGCUUCCUGAUGGUGCUCUUCCACAACCCAUCCUCAAAGAAAUCCAGGGACUUGGCCGACGAGCUGGGCAAAGCCGUGGAGAUCAUGGGCACAGGCAAGAAUGGGAUUGGCUUUGGCAAAGUGGACAUCACGAUCGAGAAGGAACUUCAGGAAGAGUUUGACAUCAAGGAGGCCCCAGAGUUGAAGCUGUUUUUCGAGGGGAACAGAUUGGAGCCCAUCAGCUGCAAAGGAGUGGUUGAAUCUACUGCCUUGGUUGUUUGGUUGAGAAGACAAAUCAGCCAGAAGGCAUUUUUGUUCAAUAACACCGGAGACAUUCUAGAGUUUGUGAAUUCCAGGCCCCUGGUCAUCAUGGGCUUCUUCCAGGAUUUGGAGGAAGACCUCGCAGAGUUGUUCUAUGAUACGAUCAAGGACUUUCCGGAGCUGACGUUCGGAGUGAUACUGAUUAAAAAUGCCAUUGGGAAUUUCCGCGUCACCCUAGACAGUGUUCUGGUGUUCAAAAAGGGAAGAAUUGUGAACCGCCAGGAGCUUAUCAAUGACAAUACCAACAAACAGGUCCUCAACCAAGUCAUUAAACAGCACCUCACAGAUUUUGUUAUUGAAUACAACGCCGAGACUAAGGAUCUGAUUUACGAACUGCAAGUCCUGAAUCACAUGCUGCUCUUUGUCUCCAAAAGCUCCAGAUCGUCGGGUAUGAUAAUGCAGCACUAUAAACUGGCGGCGAAGAAAUUCCAAAACAAGAUCCUUUUCAUCCUUGUGGAUGCGGACGAGCCCAGAAACAGACGUGUCUUUGAGUACUUCCGGAUCACAGAGGUCGACAUACCAUCGGUCCAAAUCCUGAACUUGAGCUCUGAUGCAAGAUACAAAAUGCCUUUCGAGGAAAUAACCUAUGAAAACCUCAAGAAAUUCGGCCAGCGCUUCUGGAUAGAAAGGCCAAGCUCAGGAGGUGUGUCUUCCUCGCAAGGGCCCAAACAUCAGUCCAGCGAAGAAAUUCCUAGAUAUUGGGACCAGGGGCCCAUUAAGCAGCUCGUUGGAAAGAACUUCAAUGUCAUUGUCUUUGACAAGGAAAGGGACGUGUUUGUGAUGUUCUAUGCGCCCUGGUGCCCCAAAUGCAGGGCGCUGUUCCCAGUGUUGGAGGAGUUGGGCCUUAAGUAUCAAAACCACUCCACGGUCACCAUCGCCAAGAUUGACAUCACCGCAAAUGACGUUCAACUGAUGCAACCGGACCGGUAUCCCUUCUUCAGGCUCUUUCCCACCAACUCUCAACAGGCUGUACCUUAUAAGGGCGAACAUACCCUGAAGGGCUUUUCUGACUUCCUGGAAAGUCAAAUCAACAUCAGGAUUGAGGAUGAAGAUGAGCUACUGUCUGCUGAGCAAAGCGAAGCAACAGAAGAGAAGGUCUUGACUGAGGGAAAGGAGGUACCUUUUAUAAAGAAAGAGCUACUGGAACAGAAGUUGCCAGAGCUGGAGAAUGUGACCAGGCUGGAAGAACCAGCUAGGCAGAAAGAAAUGGCAGAGGAGGAGGAGAAGGUGGCUGAGCCAAAGAGACCUCCAAGACGGGAGAAGUCACCCAAAGUGAAGGAGGAACUGUAGGGUCUCUAAAGCCAGGAGAGAAGGUGUCCAUUUCCCAGGUCCUGGCAUCAUUUCCUGGGUGGAUCUAUAAAACUGUAUAUCAUUGUAGUAGGUGAGAGGAGGCUGGAUGAUAAAAGCCCCUGAAUCCACGUUUUUGAUCCUGUUUUACUCAUUAAUCUCUUUUUCCUGGUUGGUGCAGCCCUACAAGAACUGUUUGACCUGGAACUCAGAUGGGGCUGCAAGGGAAUCUACAAUAGCAAUAGUUAGUGAAUCUUUAGAACACUCUGGGCAUGGGCUUAGUUCUCACCACCUCACUGGGAGCUAGGUUUUCCCCUCCCCAUUUUACAGAUGAGAAAACUGAGGCAGAGAGGUUAAGCAACCAGGCAGGGAUCACACAGCUAAAAAGCCCUUGGGAUAGGAUGCCAAGCAGUCUUGUUGGGGAUCUCUGGGCAGGGGUUGGAUAAAAAUUUUCCAGACUCAUAGCAAGGUGAAAAGAAAGAUGAGUUUAUGGAAAUAAGAGAUGUUGCUAAUGCAGAAGGACUAUUUCUGAAUGAUCGAUGAGAGCUGACCUCGAGCAUGUGGUCCUGUCUGUUUUUAUAGCCCAGGAAGAGAAGAGACGUCUUAUGAUAUACAUGCUGACCUGCUGACUGGCUGGGGAAAGAGGGUCUUUCAAUACACUUGCUGGUUGGUUGAGGCCCCUAUAGAGGUGGUGUGAGAAUUGGGUCACAUAUCUUUCCUAGUAGGGGUAGGAAGGACUGGGCCAGGUUGCUCAAGG